AGAUCAGUGCCCUGAUGAAAGAGAAAACCUAAAAUUAAUAAAUGUUGUUUAAAAUCUAUUGCUUUGUUAUAUUGUUUUGUUUCUUAAGGCAGUUAAAAGGGGUUGAUUGCGUAUACUAGCAAUAGAUCUUAAGAACUUUACAGAAUAGGCAUUCUAAACUUAUAUAACAUAUAGGUAGACUCUAAUUAAAGUGGGAUAUUCCAUCAUCCAGUUGAGGCUGCAAAAUCAGGCAAGCCUAUCAAAAAGAGCAGACUGGGGCACCUUUCUUUGUUGCAGGUUAACGUAUCCGAGUAGCUCACAGCAUUCGGCUUAGAAAACCUAGAAUAAAGUUCUACUAAUAUCUUUCAACAUCUUAGGUAGGCUGCAUUUAAAAACUGCAUCUUUAGUGAGUGUAAUUGUGUAGCCUAUAUCUUGCCAUGUAUGUGUUAGCUUGUAGGCCUAGAGUCUUUCUUUAGGUUGUAGCCUACAUCAUGUGUUUUACCCGGUGUUUUGUAUGUGACUACCCCCGUUUUGUAAUGAUGUCUCAGUGGAUGAGUAGCCCAACUCCCGCUUCCGCUAUUUAACCUUUGAUUGGACAUCUGCAUGUCGCAACAAACGUUAGGCUACAAUGUUACACAUAAAAAGCCGUUACAAGUUAGGCCUACGUUACGUAGCAACGGAAUUUUCACUUAAACAGCGGUUAAAACAUUCAUAAACUACUUUCAAAUUCGCUGAAACAUGUACUUACAUUCUCCGUUUUCUAUCAUCUUCUUCCAUAUUUCGCUGAUGAACCACAUACUUGGAUUGUAGCUCUCUGUACUCUUUCAGAGCUAAUGCAAGAGCGACUUUCCUGGGGGCGUCCAUCAUUAUCUCCGACUCGUCGUGUUGUGUACAAACAGAAUGCAAAAAACAGCUGUUACAUGGGGCCUCAUUACAGAAAGAAUCCUAACUGCUCAUCCUAAUUUAAGUUAGGAAACCAAAGAUAGGAAAAAUCCUAACUUCCUAUUACAGAAGCAGUGCCUAACCUAAUGUCCGUUUCCUAUCUUAUCUGUGGCUUCCUAUCUUAUCUUUAUUUAGGAAAAUCCUAAAUGUUCUAUCAAUCUGAUUUUUCGACGGCUAUCAACAACGACAAAUGAGCUUAAAAGUUAACGUUAAAGCCUAACGAAAGCCUAAACGAAACAGCAAGCUACGGUCAUGACAGGUCCAGCUGAUAAGAAGAGGAGGGCUUUUAAUUUCAGCCAAGACGAGUUGGAGGCAUUAGUUCAGGCGGUGGAAGACAGGAAACAUUUAUUGUUUGGGAAAUUUUCAAUGACCGUAACGUCGCAGUCUAAAGAUAGACACUGGAAAGAGGUGGCGGACUCUGUCUCAGCAGUUUGUGGGAUGCUGAGGACGGUGGAGAGUACAAAGAAAAAGUGGUCCUCUCUAGCAAGUGAUGCUAAGAUCAGGGGGGUCUUACAAAGGAGGUUUGGUUUGCCCGAAGUGAAGCCCCUAACCUCACUGGAGGAGAAGAUCCUGGCCGUCAUGGGUCAAGUUUACACCGAAGGCAUUGCAACCGGCACGGAGGUGGGACUGGAUGAGCUGUGUGAGCAGAGACGUGGCGAGGUGUGUCAGUCGACAUCGUCUGACCCUGAAUCGAGAAGGGUCAUAUUAACGCUGAUGGACUCAGAGUGUGACACUAUGAAUCUGCCACCAGCAAUUGUCAUCCCAUCAGCUGCUAAAAAGAAGAAGCACAUAGGCCUACAAGAGGAGCUUCUGGAGUUGGAGAAGGAGAAGCUGCUGGUAAUGAGAGAAAAAGUAAAUAUUGAUAAGGAGAGACUGCAAUUGGAAAAAGAAAAAUUCGAAUUUAUGAAGGAGUAUUUAAAAAAAUCGAGGGAACAACAUUGUCGAUCUCUCUGAACUAUAAAAAAAAAUGCACACUUAUUUAAAUGUAUUUAUUUAAUAUUGUCAAAAAUAAAUAUUUUAAAUCA